AUGAAGAAGAUAAAUUUAUCUACCGUUAUAAUCUGGUAUUGUAAUGACAUCAUCUUCACACCCACUCACGGCCUUGUCCCCGCUCAGACCCCGUCCACACGGCCCUGUCCCCGCUCACACCCCGUCCUCACGGCACUGUGCCCGGUCACACCCCGUCCUCACGGCCCUGUCCCCGCUCACACCCCGUCCACACAGCCCUGUCCCCGCUCAGACCCCGUCCUCACGGCCCUGUCCAUUCCCAUCCCCGUCCUUACGGCCCUGUCCCCGCUCACACCCCGUCUACACGGCCCUGUCCCCGCUCAGCCCCGUCCUCACGGCCCUGUCCCCGCUCAGACCCCGUCCUCACGGCCCUGUCCCCGCUCAGCCCCCGUUCUCACGGCCCUGUCCCCGUCGAGCUGUCCCCGCCCAGCCCCGUUCUCACGGCCCUGCCCCCGCUCACACCCCGCUCACAUGGCCCUGUCCCCGCUCACACCCCGUCCGCACGGCCCUGUUUCCGCUGAGACCCCGUAUUCACUGGCCUCUUCCCGCUCAGACCCAGCCCACACGGCCCUGUCCCCGCUCACACCCCGUCCACACGGCCCUGUCCCCGCCCAGCCCCGUUCUCACGGCCCUGCCCCCGCUCAGACCCCGUCCUCACGGCCCUGCCCCCGCUCAGACCCCGCUCACAUGGCCCUGUGCCCGCUCAGACCCCAUCCGCACGGCCCUGUCCCCGCUCAGACCCGUCCUCACGGCCCUGUCCCCGCCCAGACCCCGUCCUCACGGCUCUGUCCCCGCAGACCCCGUCCGCACGGCCCUGUGCCCGAUCAGACCCCAUCCACACGGCCCUAUGCCCGCCCAAACCCCGUCAGCACGGCCCUGUUCCCACUCACACCCCGCUCAGACCCCGUCCUCACGGCCCUGUCCCGCUCACACCCCGUCCUCACGGCCCCGGCCCCGCUCAGCCCCCGUCCUCACGGCCCUGUCCCCGCCCAGACCCCGUCCUCAUGGCCAUCCCCGCUCAGACCCCGUCCUCACGGCCCCGUGCCCGCUCAGCCCCCGUCCUCACGGCCCUGUCUCCGCUCACACCCCGUCCUCACGGCCCUGUUCCCACCCAGCCCCGUCUUCACGGCCCUGUCCCCGCUCAGACCCCGUCCACACGGCCCUAUUCCCGCUCAGACCCCAUCCACACGGCCCUGUUCCCGCUCAGACCCCGUCCGCACGGCCCUGUCCCCGCUCACACCCCGUCCGCACGGCCCUGUCCCCGCUCACACCCCGUCCGCACGGCCCUAUGCCCGCCCAGACCCCGUUCAGACUCCGUCCGCACAGCCCUGUCUCUGCUCAGUCCCGUCACCACUGCCCUGUAUUGCUCCUCAAACUAAGCAUAAUAUACAAGUGCUAAAAAAGAAAAGAGUCGGUACUCACCACUGUAAAUGCCUGACGAAGUUUGGUCUCGACUACUGGUCUCGACUUCUCUUCUGUCUCGAACUGAUGCAGGAGGUGGUCACACAGCCUCAUUCGUACAUUUGGCACAUUCCAUUCUAA